AAACUUGGCAUGACAUCAAAAUUAGAGUGAUCAUGGCGGGCCGAAGAAUAUCUCGUCAACAUGGGAAGCCUUAAACAAAUAUAUUUUCCACAUUUGUUAAUUUAACUAAUGCGUAGUCUUCAUAAGGUCGCUUCUUCAGCCCGAGAUGGACUUAAAGUGGACGAUAUCAGAGGAGGAAAGAACUCGCCAUGAUGCUUUGUUUUACAGCCAAAAACCUCAAGAUAGAUACCUAUCAGGAGAGCAAGCCAGAUCUUUAUUUAUAAGAUCUAAACUGCCUCUACCAGAGCUGAGCAAAAUAUGGAAACUUGCAGAUGUUUCGCGGAACAACAAGUUAGACAUUGCUGAGUUUGCUGUGGCAAUGCAUCUUAUUCAGAGUCGUUUAAAAGGCACAGAUAUUCCCCUCAAGCUGCCGGAGACCCUAAGUCCAAAGCAUCUACCUCAUAUAAGCAUUCCUUUUAUAUCAGAGGAGGAAAAAGCAGCUUAUGAAAGAGCUUUCAGGUGGAAAAAUGGCCAUAAGACAAGUUAUAUUGAUGCUGAAACUGCUUGUUCUGUUCUUAUUGGAUCAGGCCUUCUUGAGGACAUUUUAGCAAGAAUUUGGGAUUUGUCUGACAUUGAUAGAGAUGGAAAACUCUCUCUUGAAGAAUUUCUGAUAGCGGUGCAUAUAACACGAUUCUGCAAGCAAGGUAACUCAAUUGAGGGGAAUGUAAAUGUAAGAUCAAUUCUAUCGGAACAGCUGACAGAGGAGUGUUAUGACAGCAAGAGACUACGACUGGCCGAAGUCCAAACUGAAAAAAGGAAGCUCCUUUCAGUAAAGGAAAAACUGUGCCACGAAAUAGCCGGUGACUUAGAAGAAGAGGUGAUGGCCCAGAAGAUACAAGACGAACUGGAUCAAGUUGAAAGACGAGUUUACGUUUUGGAAAAGGAGGAAAAUGAGCUGAGACGGGCGCUGCAAAAACUCAAAGACAAAUCGAAGCGAGAGAGCUUUAAGCCGUUUGACCGAAGUUUUCUGCUCAAACGUCAACCAACUGGUAAAGAUAUUUUCCGUGGGGCCUACAAGAAUCAUAGAGUACCUGUUGGAGGCAGAGAAGAUGAAGAAAUACUAACUCUGUGGAGAGAAGAUGGCGACCUGAAAGAUUUUGGUGCCACAAUAUCAGAAGAACCCUCAAUACCUACGUCACCCACGAAUAUCCAUCAGGAUCAGUCUGGGAGAACUGUGAUCGAGUUGAACGAAAACCACCAGCCUUGUAGCCCUGAUUCCUCCAAAGCAUCUCUUGAAUCGACGUCUCCAGCCAUCAACGGUUUCGAAAGUAACGUAGAUGCGGAGAGAUUGCAAUCUGUUUACUCCAAUAACAACGAAAACGAAGAUAGCAAGAAUAAAACCGACCUUGAGGCGAGAAACGAAGAGAGGGAAGAGGAAGGUGAUAAAACAGUGGAAAAGAAAGGUCUUUCACAUGUUGACAAGGACAAACAGGAGAACUUGAUAAUCAGCGACUCGUCACCAAGCAAUCUACAGCCCACUGUAAACGGUGGCAACGCCUCAGAAUUAACACAACAAGAAGAAUUAUACUCGAGCACCAUUGCAGACAGCAGUAGUGAGAAAAACACAAUGAAUGAAAACAGAACAGACGAUGAAAAGACAGGGGCGUUAAGAAUGGCAACACAAAAUGGCAUUUGUACGACGGACAGUGAAAAAGAGGCAUUAAGGUACGAUGCUGGAGGGUUAAAAAGCAAACCAGCAACACAAGGUUCUUUUCAAGCCCCUUUAGAGGAAACGAUUGAUGUUGUCACAGCACCUUCAGCUGAGUCAUCGGCCGCAUCUAGAAUGGAUGGCUUGCUUUUAAAGCUAGAAGAGGACGAUGGAAACCUAAUCAGAAACGAGAAAGAUAUUCAAAUGAGUAACGGAGAAGGAACUUCGCCGCGUAGUUUGACGCAAGAUGAACUUAUUCCCUACGUUAUGGAAGAGAAAAAGAGAAAAGAUGAAGAAAGAGCUAAACAGAGAGAGAUAGAUAAUGAAAUGCGCAGGAAAGUUCGUGAAGAGCUCGAUAAACAGAAGGAGGAGAACAAAAAGAUGGCAGAGCAAAGAAAGGCAAAGUUUGAGGAAGAGAGACAGAGACUUGAAAAGCAAACUGCAUUGGCGCAAGAAAAACAGGAACCGAAGAAAGCUCCCCUGUCAAGAACAGAAGCAGGGAGAAUGAUCGAGGAAGAGCUGGAACAGCAAAGAGUACGCGAGGAGUUGAUGCGGAUAGAAAACGAAAAAAUUAAGGAAAAAGAAAGGCUUGAGGUAGAAAAGCAGAAAUCGAAGCAUGCCAAAAAGGAAGAGCAUCCUUUGGCUUUUCACAACAAGGAUCUCGUGCAAAAACCAAUAUUCGAUGAAAGAAAGGAUGUAAUCGAUGGCAGUGAUACACAAGGGCUAAGGAUCUCGUCCAAACGCGGUAGUGUCAUUGAUUUGAGUGCAGGCGAUGACAUUGUUCAUAAUGAGGUUAAGAAACGACCUCUUGAGAAUAGACCUUCUCAGGAGUUGUUGCAAACACACCGCCAGCCACAAGAGCAGUCUCAACCCCAACCACAGCCGGUUGUUCGCAGGGCUAAGGAAAACGGAAAGGUGACGACGACGCGAAAGGCUGAAAAUCGUAAGAGUUUUGUUGAGUUAGACAUAGAGCGGCAGAAGGAGAGAGAAGAAGAACUUCGGAGAGAAGCAGAAAUUGCCCGUAAAAUUCAUUUGAAGAAGCAGAUGGAAGGUGGCAGUAAGGAUGUUGAAGUGUUGCGCGAGGAAGUCGCGAAAACGAAAGAGUAUCACCCCGAGUCUAACGGAGUCGAUGGAAAAACGACCUCAACGAAGAAACAGACGGAGAUAGAGGCAGUUGUUCAGCAAACGAACACACAAAUUAUUGAGUCGCCUCCAGUCGACCAGCUUGAUGCUAAACAAGCAGCCGAAAAUGGGACAGAGAUGGGAGAAACGCAACGAAACGUGGAAGAAGAGGAAAAACGACGGAAACGCGAGGAAGAGAAGGAACUUUUUCGGCAGAUGCAGGAGCAAGAAAAGAAAAGGCGAGAAGCACAAAAAGCUGAUCUUGAAAGGAUAAGGAAAGAGGUCGACCGCAAAGAAGCUGAGGAGAUGAUGCGUGUGAAGCUAGAAAAAGAAGAAGAGAAGAAAAAGCAGCGUGAGGAAGAACGUAGAAAAGCCGAAGAACGCCAGAAAGACAAAAUGGAAAGACAAAAAUUGCAGGAAAAUCAAUCAGAAACCAGGAGGACGGCGUUUGCUGCGCAUAAAUUGAUCUUAGAACAGCGCGUUUUAAAAGCAUUGGAAGAAAGUAAACAAGAAGCCACCGUUCCCAGAAGACGCGCUUCGAACUGUGAACGCCUUACAGAAGGAUUGGAUCUGGAUGAACCCUCUCCUCCAGCAGAAGGUAACGACGACUCUGCCAGUGUUGGAGUAAAACUAAGAAAGGCGAACUUUGAAAACGCAGCUACCAGGAAGGAUUCCAAUGAGGAGUUGCGAAAGAAGCGAUAUUCGCUCAAUCUUGACCAGUUUCGUCAGCCAAUCACCUCGUCUACAGACGCUUCCGUGAAAAGUAAGCAUCCGGGAUCUGUUGGUAAGAAAUACGCUGAUGACGUAUUCGAUAAGGGAACGCGGGCGCAGAUAGAAAGAGAGGAAGAACUGUUGCGGCGAGUUGGAUGGAAAGUUCCUUCGAAUGAAGGGAAACUUACUAAAGCGAAAAGUGUUGGAGAUUUGUCAAUGAAAAAGGGACAAAACGAGGAUAAAAAGGCGGUCCCUGUUGUCCUACGAAGGGUUUCUUUUGUUAAAGAUGAUACCGACAGCGCGGAUGGUAUCCCUACAUUUUCUGAUUCGAGGAUACAAAGAGAGCUGGAGGAACAGCGGAUGCGUGAAGAAAUUGUAAAGAAAGAGACAUCAGAAGCAGAGAAAAGGCAUCGACUCGAAGAAGGGAAAAAGAAAGUUGUCGAAGUAGCCAGUGAUAAGAAAGAUUUGAGCUUAAAGGAUAUCAAGAGAAAUCCACUUCCAAACAAAAUACAGGUUAAAAAACCAACAAACCGAGACUCCCUUACUCACUCCAUGGCAACGCAUUGGGAGAAUAUGUUACAGUCGCAAGAAGGAAACGAAGCAGUCAAUAAGAAGGAAGUAAGGAAAAGCAGGAUCGAGAUGGAAAGAGAAGAAGAAAGACGAAGAGAGGAGGAAUUACAGAAAGAAAGAGAAAGGGUCAAGUUAGAAAUAAAACAGAAAGAGGAAGCCAAUAAAUCCGAGCAGCAGCGGAAAAUGGAGGAAGAAAUGGAGAAAAAGAGGAAAGCAAAAGAGGAAAAGGAAAAGCGUCAACAGCGGACUUCUGCGAUGAAAUCAAUGUUCGAGAAAAUGGGUGGGAAGAAGUAACCAGAUUCAAAAGUCCUUUCCUUAUAUAGUGUAAUCUCACUUUACUGUCAUUUGUGUGGUGUGACAUCAGCUCAGUCUGCCCAAUCUAACGCUCGCACUGGGUCGGGUGUGGUUUUGCCACUUAUGUUCAGGAUGAAACAACGGCGUUUAGACAGCCCCACUUCAUAGGUGACCCAUCAUUUUUUGACUUCGUAAAAUUUGACGUCAUUGAGCGACGUAACUUCAAAUCUACUUAGUAACCAGGCGUCAUUAUCCUAAUUAUAGUUGCCUGAUGUUCAUAAAAUUUAAAGAGGCCGCCACACAGGUAACUUGUGGCUGCAUUUUUGUGGUGAGACCAUAACCUUACACUAUUUCAACUGCGUUUAAGUUCGUUAAGGGGAAUUUCUUCGUUGUUUACUCAGUAAAUCCUGCUUGUUACUUUUUGUAGCUGUUCAAAUUUGUAUCUAAUCAAAAUACAUAUUUAGUAUAGCUUGGUAUGUUGACCUUUUUAAAGCGGUUAAUUUUUAUGCAAUUUUUUUUUUUCAAAAUGACAUGCUAACCCUUUGAGUCUUGUUUAAUUUAGUGGAGUAUUUAUAACGAGUAUUUAAUUUGUAUUUAAUUUUUGUUAACUACUAGUUUUUGUAACUGCGAAAUUACUUUUCUGAUGAAUCUUCGCAGGAUGUGACCAACUGUUUCUCUUUACAGACGUCUUAGAAUACUUUCACUUAUCGCUGAAAGUUUAAUACGCAUGCAUCUUACCUAUGGCAGUUUAACUCUUGAAAUCCCAUGAAUGACCAGAAUCUAAUUUCUCCUCACAAUAACACUGCUGAUCAUUAAUUAUGAUCCUGAGAGUAAAGGGGCUCGAAAAUGAUCGUCAGCGUAAGAGGCUUUGAUCACUAAACAAAUUCUCCUUGUUAGUAACAAAGGAAACGUAUGGAAAAGAGUAUGAGGAAUUUUGAUACUGAUGUAAAGGUGAAGGGGUUAAAGGUCGCUUAUCUUGUCUUCGACCGUUUGAAACGUGUCUAUCCUCUCUUUUUUUAAUCUUAAAAUGUUUCUUCCUGUCAUAAGACGUUUCGUUUGGAAAUGGCUAUGACUCAUUUUAUUGUAGAAUUCGUAACGCAAUUUAUACAUACAGAAUGAGGUUAUUCAUCAGCAUCAUGAUAGUUAAGUAUUUGAUAAAUACCAAAGUUUCUAUAUAUAUUGGCAGAUUUUUGUAACUGCAACGCAAGAUGUUCCAAUAUUGACAUAUCCGGGGGAUUAUGAACCGAUAAAAUGCUGUAGUAUAAAAAAUUUUCUAAUAAUCUUUACCCCAAGGGUAAAAUGGGUAGUUAUUUUUGUAUAGUUGGAAAAACAUAUAAAUUUCUAUACUUUAAAUAGAUAUUAGUUUAGUGUUGGUAUGGCUAUUUCAUUUAGUCCGAGGCUUGUAUGUGAUUGUUAUUGUAGUAAAUUGAAGCAAUGAA